UUCGUUUCUGCAGCAUAAUAAAUACCUAGCGAAUGUACCCCAUCGAGGAACGUACCCUCGACACUUUGUAAAUACUUUUUUUAGACAACUUGAUAGGUACUCGGGCAGUACCUGGUGCAUGUGCUCUUCAAGAUGUUUGUGUGAUUAGAUGAAAAUUCAUUCAACAUGUUCAUUAAACAGGUUAUUAUUCAAGGUUUCAAGUCUUACAGGGAGCAAACCGUUGUAGAUCCAUUUGAUCCAAGACACAAUGUAGUUGUUGGUCGAAAUGGAUCUGGAAAAAGUAACUUUUUCUACGCUAUACAGUUUGUACUGAGCGAUGAGUUCUCUCACCUUCGUCCAGAGCAGCGUCAAGCACUGCUGCAUGAAGGUACUGGACCCAGGGUGAUUUCUGCUCACGUUGAAAUCAUUUUUGAUAAUUCUGAUGGAAGGUUACCUAUCGACAAAGAUGAAGUGUACUUGAGAAGAGUCAUUGGUUCUAAAAAGGACCAAUAUUUUCUUAAUAAAAAAAUAGUAACUAGGAGCGAUGUAAUGAAUCUUUUGGAGUCUGCUGGAUUUUCUAGGUCUAAUCCUUACUACAUCGUCAAACAGGGAAAGAUUAAUCAAAUGGCUACAGCACCUGAUUCUCAGAGGUUAAAAUUACUAAGAGAAGUUGCUGGAACAAGAGUUUAUGAUGAAAGACGUGAGGAAUCAAAAGCUAUUCUAAAAGAAACUGAAGGGAAAAUAGAAAAAAUUCAAGAUUUUCUUCGGACGAUAGAGGAGAGAUUGCAAACUUUGAGCGAAGAAAAAGAAGAAUUGAAGGAGUAUCAAAAAUGGGACAAGCAACGUCGAAGUUUGGAGUACAUCAUACAUGAACGCGAGUUGAAAGAAAACAAACGUAAGCUAGAGGAAUUGGAAGCUUCCCGUGCAAGGAGCGGUCAAGAGCAAGCAAAUUUAACUUCUGAAGUAAAAACUGCUCAAGAAAAAGUUAAACAAGCAACAAAGAGGCACAAAGAAGCUAAGAAAGAAGCACAAACUGCUAAAGAAGAACGUGAUACGCUCAGUGCUGAGCAGCAGCAACUUUUGAAAGAGAAAACAAAACUUACUCUUACAAUCAAUGAUUUGAUGGAAGAAGUUAAGGGAGACAGUGAUAGUCGCAAACGAGCCGAGGAGGAGUUGGAUAAACUAAAAAAUCAAAUUGCUGCAAAAGAAAUUGAGUUGGAAAACAUAAAGCCGCAAUAUGAAGAGAUAAAGCGUAAAGAAGAGGAAAUAUCGAGAGAAUUAGCUUUGAAAGAGCAAAAACGCAAGGAACUGUACGCUAAGCAGGGUAGAGGAAGUCAGUUCACCACGAAGGAAGAAAGGGACAACUGGAUAAAGCAAGAAUUGAAGCAGCUGAAUAAACAAAUAAAGGAUAAAGAAGAACAUCAAAAGAAAAUUACCGAAGAUCUUAAGAGAGACGAAGAAAAACGCGUAACUCUGGAGAAGAAAAUUCAAGAUGACACGAGAGAAAUGGAACGACAGAAAUGUUCAAUUGAUGAGCAUAAUAAACAGUAUUAUGAUUACAACAAGGCAAAAGAUCAAAGUCAAGCUAAACGUAAGGACCAAUACCGACAAGAAAGUAUUCUUCAGCUUCAACUGUCUGGAUUAAAAGAAGAUUUAGCAAAAGCUGAUCAAAGCUUGAGAUCGAUGGCUGGCAAACCUAUUCUUAACGGCAGAGACAGCGUUCGUAAGGUACUCGAGACAUUUAGGCAACGUCCCGACAUGGCCAAAGAAGUCAAUUGUUAUUAUGGUCCAGUCAUAGAGAACUUUGAUUGCGAAAAAAGCGUGUACAUGGCUGUUGAAGUUACGGCUGGUAAUCGUCUUUUCCAUCACAUUGUGGAAAGCGAUAAAUUUGGUACAAAAAUCUUGAAGGAAAUGAACAAUCAGCGACUACCCGGUGAAGUAACUUUCAUGCCACUGAACCGCCUACAUGUCAGAAAUAUUGAAUAUCCACAAACUUCAGAUGCCAUUCCGAUGAUUUCGAAAUUAAAUUACGAUGAGAAAUACGAUAAAGCUAUGAGGUAUAUUUUUGGAAAAACUCUUAUUUGCCGGAAUUUGGAGGCUGCCACGAGCUUGGCACGCACAUCUGGAUUGGACUGUGUCACCUUGGAGGGAGAUCAGGUAUCCUCUAAAGGUUCGUUAACGGGAGGGUACUUCAACACUUUGCGAUCACGGUUGGAAAUUCAAAAAAAUCGAUCAGAGCUAAUAGCUCAAAUAAAUGCUUUGGAAUCACAGUUAAGUACUCUGAAAGAAGAAAUUAGAAACGCUGACCGUGAAAUCAGUUCUUAUGUGAGUGAGAUGCAAAGAACUGAGACCAAAAACAGCAAAGCAAGGGACAUUUAUGACAAAAUGAAAGGUGAGAUUCGUAUUAUGAAGGAAGAGCUAAGUGCUAUUGAAAGAAGUAAGUUACCGAAAGAGAAAAGUUUACAGCAAUGCAAAUCGAGCUUGGAAACAAUGUUUGCUACAAAGGAAGGUUUGGAAAGUGAACUUCACCAAGAUUUAAUGGAGCAGCUUUCGGUAGCUGAUCAACAUCAAGUUGAUCAAUUGAACGAUGCAAUCAGGCGUCUGACGAAGGAGAAUAAGGAGGCUUUCGUGAAGAGAAUGAAAUUGGAAGCAGAGAAAAAUAAGUUGGAAAACUUAUUAACAAAUAAUCUUAUUCGUAGAAAAGACGAAUUAGUUCAAGCUCUACAAGAAAUUUCUGUAGAAGAUCGAAAGCGACAGUUGGAGACGUCAAAGACCCUACUAACAGACAUUGAAAAAAGAUUAUUAAAAAAUCAAGCCGAAUUUAAGAUGCAAAAUGAGAAAGUGACUGCUUCUAACAAAAAGCAAAAAACCGAGGCUUUAGAGGUAGAAAAGUGGAAAGCCAUAGAAAAAGAAGCACAAGAAAAAAUGGAUUCCGAUGCCAAGGACUUUGAGAAAUUAGCUAGCAAAAUGAAUAUGUUACAACAAAAAAUAUCUGAAUUGACACAUAAAAUUACUGAACUCGGUGCACUUCCCAAUAAAGAAUCCUAUUCAAAGUUCAGUAAUAUGUCAACGAAACAGUUAUUCAAGAAAAUGGAAGAAGCAAACGGUCAUCUGAAGAAAUACAGUCACGUCAAUAAAAAAGCUUUGGAUCAGUUCACCUCGUUUAGCGAGCAGAAAGAAAAAUUAGUAAAGAGAAAAGAAGAACUUGAUAGGGCUGAUGAAAAAAUUAAGGAACUAAUGUUGGUUCUUGAGCAAAGAAAGUGUGAAGCUAUUCAGUUUACCUUCAAACAGGUCAGUAAAUACUUUUCUGAAGUCUUUAAAAAGCUCGUUCCCUCGGGUCACGCGCAAUUAGUAAUGAAAACUGCCGAUGGUGAAGAUAACGGUGACUCUGUAUCUGAAACUGCUGAUUCUGAUAGGUUCAUUGGUGUUGGCAUUAGAGUCUCGUUUACGGGACACAAGGGCGAAAUGAGAGAAAUGAAUCAGUUGUCAGGAGGGCAAAAGUCACUUGUUGCAUUGGCCAACAUUUUUGCCAUUCAAAAGUGCGAUCCAGCGCCGUUUUAUUUAUUUGACGAAAUCGAUCAGGCUCUCGAUGCUCAACACAGAAAAGCAGUAGCUGAUAUGAUUCAUGAAUUAAGCUCCGAAGCUCAGUUCAUCACAACUACAUUCAGACCAGAGUUAUUGCAGCAUGCAAACAAAUUUUAUGGCGUGAAAUUUAGAAACAAAGUUUCUCAUGUGGAGUGCGUAACGAGAGAAGAGGCGUACGAUUUUGUAGAAGAUGAUCAAACUCACGCCUAAAAAGGUCUUGAACUUUAUAAUUUUUUUUUAUACACGAUAAGCUCAUGAGUUUUCGUGAUAAAAGACUCAAAACCGUGUUAUGUUAAAUGGACAUAAGUGAGAAGAUUGUAUAGACCAUAGAAUCAAAGAAUAUUAUAUUAUAGUUCCCUAGUGUCCCUCUUGUAUACUUAACUUUUAAGAUUAAUUUUAUAUAAUUUUUUUUAAAUGGUAAUACCAAUUGUUGGCUACAAAAAGAAAAAUGAUUGUAUUUUCGAGAUCUUCCAAAAUGUCUUGAAAAGUUGCAUAUAAAACAACAAACUUUUAAUAUUUCUACAAAA